AUGGCGAAUUUUCAUUAUUGUUAUGCUUCUAUCCUAUUUAUUUAAAUCUGGUGCUUUGAAGUGUCGAAGUUGAAUCCUUAUUACUAGUUAGAAUAAUAAGCGUUUGAAUUUAAUGAUGCAAAUUUUACUCAAAAUGAAUGCUUUACUUAUGGAAUCUGGUCAAAAUAUAAUCCUUUAAGUAUUACUUCUUAAGUUGGAUCCUUGGGUUUACUUGAUAGCAACUGUUUCCAUUUGCACAAUAUAAUGGGCUAAUCUUCGCAAAGUUUGAAUCUUAUUUACUAUGACUGUUUAGAUGAGAACACUCAAAGUAUUAAAAAGAUACUUGAAUUUAUAAAUGAGGAUGAAGAGGUAUUUAAAUUUGAAAUUAGCAUUGAUGUUUUAGAAUAUGAAAAUAUUUGGUACUUUUUAUAAAUUGUUGAAUGGCCAGGUUUAUUUAAAUUGGAAUUUGUAAUAUUUCAAGAGAUUACCAUGAAAAUGCAUGAGAUAAAGCAAAUGUAACGACCAUUCAAAGAUAAGAAUAUUGUGCUAAGAUUUGGAGGAGAUUUAAUUGUAACUAAUUCGAACAUACCAAAUUUAUAUACAAAUACAAAAUUUGCAUACUUUCCAGGAUUUAUAAUGAUAUAAAAAUUAUCAACUUAAUCAUUAGAAUUAGAUGUUGAUUUUGAUUCAUUCGUUCAAAGCACAUAUAGCGAUUAUGGAUAUUGUGAAUGUGAAUUGAAUGAAGAGGUUAAUUUACCCGAUGUCUCAUUAGAUUGGUUGGAUAAAUAAAUUUAUAUAUCAAAAAAUACAAAUUGUGAAUCCUUCAUUUUAUCUGGGUGGCUUAAAAUUAAAGAGAUUAUAUCAUCAACAGGGGAUUUUACUUAUUAAUUUAUAAUUUUAUCAGCUAACUUUUAGAAUUAAUUUUCUAAUAAGAACUUAUCUCCUUUUCAAAUGAGCUAUUAAAUAUCUACUGGAGGUAACAAAAUUGA